CUGCUGUCCACUAAAAUGGGCCUGAAAGUCACAUGGGACCCACCCAAAGAUGCUACCAGUAGACCCGUGGAGCAUUACAACAUUGCCUUUGGGAAGUCACUGAAAAGUCUUAAAUACAUCAAGGUGAAUGCGGAGACAUACUCCUUCCUUAUUGAGGAUGUGGAGCCGGGGGUAGUGUACUUUGUGCUGGUUACUGCAGAAAACCACAGUGGAGUGAGCCGUCCAGUGUACAGAGCUGAGAGCCUGCCUGGAGGUGAAUGGAUCAAGAUUGAUGGUUUUCCCAUCAAGGGUCCAGGACCAUUUAAUGAAACCAUCACAGAAAAGGAAGUGCCCAACAAGCCCUUGCGUGUCCGUGUCCGGUCCUCAGACGACAGGCUGUCUGUCGCGUGGAAGGCGCCACGCCUGUCUGGAGCCAAGAGUCCACGCAGAUCUCGGGGUUUUCUCCUGGGCUAUGGGGAGAGUGGCCGGAAGAUGAAUUAUGUUCCACUGACGAGAGAUGAGCGGACACACGAAAUUAAGAAGCUGGCCUCGGAGUCAGUGUACGUGGUCUCCCUGCAGUCCAUGAACUCCCAGGGGCGGAGCCAGCCGGUCUACAGAGCUGCCCUAACCAAACGGAAGAUUUCAGAAGAGGAUGAACUGGAUAUACCUAAAGACAUCAGUGUCCGGGUUAUGUCAUCCCAGUCUGUGCUUGUGGCCUGGGUGGAUCCUGUUUUGGAAAAACAGAAGAAAGUUGUUGCAUCAAGACAGUACACCGUGCGCUAUCGAGAAAAGGGAGAAUCCGCCAGGUGGGAUUACAAGCAAAUCACUAACAGGCGUGUGUUGAUCGAGAACCUGAUUCCAGAUACCGUAUAUGAAUUUGCAGUACGGAUUUCACAGGGUGAACGAGAUGGCAAAUGGAGUAUAUCAGUCUUCCAAAGAACACCAGAAUCUGCUCCUACCACAGCUCCUGAAAACUUGAAUGUCUGGCCAGUCAACGGCAAACCCACAGUUGUCACUGUGUCUUGGGAUGCGCUACCAGAGACUGAGGGGAAGGUGAAAGAAUACAUUCUUUCCUACGCCCCGGCUCUCAAACCAUUUGGAGCAAAGUCCCUCACCUAUCCUGGAGACACCACUUCUGCCCUGGUGAAUGGUCUGCAGCCUGGGGAACGCUAUCUUUUCAAAAUCCGGGCCGCAAACAGGAGGGGCCUGGGACCUCACUCCAAAGCCUUCGUUGUCGCUAUGCCAACAACCAGGAGCAGUGACGCUCAGCAGAACACGGAGGGUAAUUGGAAAUCUCAAAAACCCGAUCCUCCCUCAUCUUCUCCCAAAGCUGCAGCUUCCUCAAAACACACUCAUUUGCCUGUUUCUCCCCAAGAUAGAAAUGUCAAGGACCCUCUUCUUGACUUGAAGAACAAGAUACUGGCUAACGGUGGGUUGCCCAGAAAACUCCCGCUUCGCCCAAAGAAGCCUGAAGAGUUGGAUCUUCAGUCGACAGAAGUCACCGAGGAGGAGGAGCUGGAUUCCCUGGAGGACCCUCCAGCCUCCCCCUCGGAGACCCAAGACCGGAUGGGAACUCCGAGGCCACCAAGCAGGCAUGGGCACCCGGCGGUGGCUUCUGGCAGGACUCCCGUGCUGCCCCGGAAGGACGGGGCGGAUAAGCGUGGGUCCUCGCUGACCGCCCACCCCCGCUCCUCCUCGGCGGCCUCUCCCGUCCGCCACACAGCCACCCAGCGCACCUCUCACCGUCCUUCUGGGGGCUCCUCCGCCAACCCGCCUGCCCGCUCUGCUGACAACGACUCGGUGGACCCAGACGAGGACGAGCGAGCUGCAGGCUCCCUCCACCCCAAGGACACGUCCGCCCAGCAGCCACCUCCCAAGAGCCCGGUCCAGCCCCGGCCGGCCCUGUCGCCCAGCCGCCAGUCUGCCUCCAGCGUCCUGCGGGACAGAAGCGCCACGCACUAUGGCACCAAACCAGCCUCACCGGCGUGGAGGGCACCGCAUUCUGCGGCCAUGGAGGAAGAUUUCAGCGCCUCAGCCCCGCCAUCGAGACUUUCUCCUUCCCAUCGGGGGUCAUUUCGGUUGCUGCCCACCCAACCACACCUGAGUCCUCCGCCCUCCGGGGCCUGGAGGGAUGGUCAUGAAGCCCCAGCCGCCCACUCUAACGCGCCGUCACGGUCCACCACAUCUUCCUCCAGGACACAGGUCUCUGAGGGAGCAGACGCUUCUGAUGGCCAAGGCGACGGUGACGGUGAUGCCCAAGACGGCGGGAGGCCGGCGGAGGCCACGGCCCAGACGCUGCGGGCCCGGCCUGCCUCCGGACACUUGGGUUUGCUCAGACACAGGCCCUUUGCCGCCAACGGCAGGUUUGCAAACAGGUUUGGCGGCGGCCGGGGCCUCCGGCUGCAGCCCUCCAGCCCCCCACAGUCCACGGUGCCGUCCCGAGCCCACUCUAGGGCUCACUCUCACCCAGCUUCCGUCCCCAGGCUUGGCUCAGGUAUCCAUGGAGAUGGGGAGGAUGAGAAGCCACUUUCUGCCACCGUGGUAAAUGACCACGUGCCUUCCUCCUCCAGGCAGCCCACCUCUCGGGGAUGGGACCCCCUAAGAAGAAGCCCCCAGAGAGGGGCCAGCCUGCAUCGGAAGGAGCCCAUCCCAGAGAACUCCAAAUCCGCAGGGACAGAUGCACAUUCUCAGGGCAAAUCCUCCUCUCUGUCCUCUAAGGCACAGGACGUUCAACAGAGCACAGAAGUGGACGUGGAGGGCCAUUCUCCCAAAACGCAGCCAGUGUCCCUGGGCCGCCAGCCGUCCUCUGCGCGUCCUGCUGUAGCACGGUCACAGCACCACCCUGCGCUCAGUGUUCCCAGAAGGAUGACACCAGGCCGGGCUUCAGAAAGGCAGCCCCCUCCACCCGUCUCCACGUCCCAGCACCAGCCCUCGGCCCCCCAGAGCAAGGACGCGGGGCGGUCACUUACCCAGCCCAAGCUCGCGCCAGCUCCGGCGGGGCGUCCCCGCCCCACGUCGCAGGGCAGCGCCCCCUCCCUCUCGGACCCGCACACCGCAAGCUCCCGAGGGGUGCUGCACACUGGGCGCCGGAGCCAGGAUGAGGACUCCCAGAGCAGCUACGAGGGCGACAGCAUGGAAGUCGGGGCCCCCGCCCGCGCCAAGGACGCCGCCCCGCCCCUGCCCGAGCACCGUCCGGUGGAGUCGCCGGCGGGGAGUGCGAACCACAGACUCCGGAGCGGACACGCAGGCUCCUGGUCGAGGCCCGGCGGGCCCCAGACCCGCGCCCGCGUCCCGGGCAGGGCAGGAUCCCCUGCGGGGCAGAAGGAGGGCGGCGCGGACCAGGCCACACCCGGGGAGACCCAGCCUCCCUCCAGGCGGCCCCUGCCGUCCAAAUCCCAGCAGUCAGUCUCCGCGGAGGACGAGCAGGAGGACGCGGGAUUUCUAAAAGGAGGAAAGGAAGACCCUCUGUCUUCUUCUGUGUCCAAGUGGCCCUCUUCCUCCACCCCCAAGGGCAGCAAAUAUGCUGAUGGGAGCCUCGCCAAGGAUCAGCGGGAGCCUGCCGUUGUGCUGGCUCCUCGCAAAGGGAGCCCAGCGCAGGAAGAGAGCGCUGCUCCCGGGAAGGGACCUCUGCCGCCACCUCCAGGCAGCCCCCCAAGGGCCUCCCACCUACCUCCCCGACUGCCACCUCGGAGCCCUGCCACCCAGAGUCCCGUCACGGGGACCCCCUUCUGGCCGCGGUCCGCCACCCGCGCCCCUCCCAGCUACUCCACCACCCCGAUGCUCUCCUUGCGCCAGCGGAUGAUGCAUUCGAGAUUCCGGAACCCUCUCUCCCGCCAGACUGGGAGACCCUCUUACAGACAAGGUUACAAUGGCCGACCAAAUGUAGAAGGGAAGGCUCUUCCUGGUAGUAAUGGAAAACCGAAUGGACAAAGAAUUAUCAAUGGCCCUCAAGGAACAAAGUGGGUUGUGGACCUUGAUCGUGGGUUAGUACUGAAUGCAGAAGGAAGGUACCUCCAGGAUUCACAUGGAAAUCCUCUUCGGGUUAAACUGGGAGGGGAUGGCCGGACCAUUGUGGAUCUGGAAGGGACCCCCGUGGUGAGUCCAGACGGCCUCCCGCUCUUUGGGCAGGGGCGACACGGCACACCGCUGGCCAGUGCCCAGGAUAAGCCAAUUUUGAGUCUUGGCGGGAAACCCCUGGUGGGCUUGGAAGUCGUCAAAACAACCACGCACCCACCCACCACAACCACACGGCCUACCACGACCACGACACCCCUGCCUACCACUACGACCCCGCGGCCCACGACCGCCACCACCCGCCGCACCACCACCCCCCGCCGCACAACCACUAUGCGCCCAACGACCACAAUCCGAACCACUACGCGGACAACCACCACCACCACCCCUGAACCCACCACCGCCGUCCCCACCUGUCCCCCUGGAACCCUGCAGCAGCGUGACGACGGAGGCAACCUGAUAAUGGGCUCGAAUGGCAUCCCAGAGUGCCACCCUGAGGAAGACGAAUUCUCAGGCUUGGAGACAGACACGGCAACGCCCACGGAAGAGGCCUACGUUGUAUAUGAUGAAGAUUAUGAAUCUGAGACCUCAAGGCCACCAGCCACCACGAAGCCUUCGACCACCGCUGCCACGGCUACACCAAAGGUUGUCCCAGAAGAAGGCACCAUCAGUUCCUUUCCUGAAGAAGAAUUUGAUCUGGCUGGAAAGAAACGAUUUGUUGCUCCUUAUGUGACGUACCUAAAUAAAGACCCGUCAGCCCCAUGUUCUCUGACCGAUGCGCUGGAUCACUUCCAAGUGGACAGCCUGGAUGAAAUCAUCCCGAAUGACCUGAGGAAGAGUGACCUGCCUCCUCAGAAUUCCCCCCGCAACAUCACUGUGGUCGCUGUGGAAGGCUGCCACUCGUUUGUCAUUGUGGACUGGGACAAAGCCACCCAGGGAGAUGUGGUAACAGGGUACCUGGUUUACAGUGCGUCCUAUGAAGACUUCAUCAGAAACAAGUGGUCCACUCAAGCUUCAUCCGUGACUCAUUUGCCCAUUGAGAACCUGAAGCCAAACACAAGGUAUUAUUUUAAAGUUCAAGCCAAGAAUCCUCACGGUUACGGACCUGUCAGCCCUUCAGUGUCAUUUGUCACGGAGUCAGACAAUCCUCUGCUUGUUGUAAGGCCACCUGGCGGUGAGCCCAUCUGGAUCCCGUUUGCUUUCAAACAUGACCCCGGCUACACGGACUGCCACGGCCGGCAGUAUGUGAAGCGGACGUGGUAUCGAAAGUUUGUGGGAGUCGUUCUUUGUAACUCACUGAGAUAUAAGAUCUACCUCAGUGACAACCUGAAAGAUACAUUCUACAGCAUUGGAGACAGCUGGGGAAGGGGUGAAGACCACUGCCAAUUUGUGGAUUCACACCUUGAUGGAAGAACAGGGCCUCAGUCCUAUGUAGAAGCCCUGCCUACCAUUCAAGGUUACUACCGCCAGUAUCGCCAGGAGCCCGUCAGCUUUGGCCACAUUGGCUUUGGAACCCCCUACUACUAUGUGGGCUGGUACGAGUGUGGGGUCUCCAUUCCGGGAAAGUGGUAACCACAGGACUGUCGCUCUGCAAGCUGGCCCUGCCCAGCCCCAUCGGCUAACUUGCACUGGGGGCUGUGAGCAGAAGUCAGAUGGCGCCCCCAGCCCCGCUGCGGCUGCCCGGCUGUCAAGAAGGCCACAGGGUGGACACUGGACAUUCUGGUCAUCUUCAGUCUGGAACUCAGUCCCAUUUCUUGGCCUAGACUACAAAGAGAAUUCAGUUUUGCUGUUAACUUCUCUUCUCCGCAUUGUUUGUUUAUAGUAAGCACGUCCCAGAGACAUCAGAAACCAGCAGCUGAUUCAGUGUGAUUUCCAGACUUUUUAGGCACAAAAUUUGGACACUUUUGUAUUUUCAGGAACAGCAUAAGCACACUGUGCUUGCUUUAUGGAAUGCUACAUGCUUUCUGUUUUUCUCAUUUUGGACUCCUCCAAAACUAGGUGAAUUUAAGCUUCAGGUCUCUUUUGUUUGCAAUAGAACUGAAUUACUAAGAACAUUGCCAAAGAAAAUAUAUCCCACUUGAGAUUUAUUCUAUGGACCUACCCACUGCUAGAUUAAAUGUAUCAAAUCUUAUUUGUAAAUUCUCAAUUUUGAUAUAUAUAUAUAUGUAUAUAUGCAUAUACAUAUCCACACUUGUCUGCAAGAAUAUUGAUUAAAAUUGCUAAAUUUGUACUUGUUCACUAGA